GGGAAACAUGAGAAGUGAGGAGAAUCGGACCAUGCGUUGGCCUCUGUACGCAGUUCAGCUGCAGUGGCUGUAGCGGUAAUCCUGUGGCGGUUGGAGGGAGGGGAAAGGUUGGGGAAGAAGCAAAUGCCGGCUUGCACGCCCUGCGUUGUCCAUUAUGCUCGGUAGAUGUGUGUUUUGCUUUUGCCUUUUUUUGCUUUUUUGAUGCGCUCUGCUCACCGUUGUUUGUUUCUUUCUCCGACUUCUUAUCUAGCUAGCCCUCUUCAGUUUCGAGUCGCAAGCCCCCAAUGUCAUGCAGCCAUUGCGGCCUUGGAGGAGAAUGAGGCCACGCCCUAGACCCUCGGACAUGUAAGAUGAGAUGAGAUGAGAUGAGAUUUCUUCUCCCCCUCCCUCUACGAUCCCAUCGUGGCCAUUUUUUUUUUACCGCUACGGGCUGCACGUGCCAGCAGCUGUCGUGGACCUUACAGCUGCAACGAGGCCAAGAUGCGCAGCGCAGUCGGCCUCAACGGAGCGGGCAGAGUCAAUGCAGGAGAGGAGACGGGGGGGCUGAAGACCAUGGUCCAAUGCAAGGUGUGGAGGAUGAUGAUGAUGAUUGUUUCUUCUUUUCUUUUAUUUGCUUUGUUUCUGUCUCGAGAAGACCGUCACUACGCCCCCCAUUUGCCCGUCGACAUCCGUUGAUACACCAUCCGAUCCACGGCGACGGCGACCGUCUCCGUCCCCGCGCUCGAGCGGGCACGGUCCUAUUCGCGGCGUUAAGCAUAGGCGCUGUCUUAUUAUUCACGCCCGCAGUGCAACAUCUCGAGAAGAUCAAGUCUCGCCUGGCCAGGCUGGAAUAUAGACUAUUAUGUUAAGUUAUAGAGUAGGGUCCGACCGAAGGGGGGGGGGGCAGUGCGAGACCUGCGACACUGCGGUGCGGUGCGGUGCGGUGCGGUGCGGUGCGGUG